GCCCAACCUUUUAUUUUGUUGUUUGUGGAGCAUCUGCAUCAGAAGUGGAGCCAUAAAACUAAAAGUAGCAGUUGAAUAAAUCAAAAAACAUAAUGAAGAAGAAGGUGCUACUCAUGGGCAAAAGUGGCUCCGGCAAGACCAGCAUGCGCUCCAUUAUCUUUGCCAACUAUAUAGCCAGAGAUACGACGCGUCUCGGAGCAACAAUCGAUGUGGAGCACUCGCAUGUGCGCUUUCUGGGCAACCUGGUGCUAAAUCUGUGGGACUGUGGCGGUCAGGAGGGCUUCAUGAAACAGUACUUUGGCACGCAGCGGGACAACAUAUUUCGCAAUGUAGAGGUGCUAAUAUAUGUGUUCGAUGUGGAGAGCCAGGAAAUGGAGCGGGAUGUGCAUUAUUAUCAGUCCUGUUUGGAGGCGUUGCUGCAGAACUCGCCGGAUGCCAAAAUCUUUUGUCUGGUGCACAAAAUGGAUUUGGUAGCUGAGGAGCACCGCGAGAAUGUGUUCAAAGAGCGCGAAGAGGAUUUAGUACGUCUGUCUAAGCCCGGCAAUGUAACCUGCUUCCGCACCAGCAUCUGGGAUGAGACACUCUACAAAGCUUGGUCUUCCAUAGUGACGAUGUUGAUACCGAAUGUAGCGGCACUCGAAAACUCGCUGACAUACUUUGCCAAUGUGAUCGAAGCCGACGAAGUGAUGCUCUUCGAGAAGGCAACCUUUCUGGUCAUCUCACACUGUCAGAGCAAAAAGAAUCGUGACUCGCACAGAUUCGAAAAGGUGUCCAACAUUAUAAAGCAAUUCAAACUCAGCUGUUCGAAGCUGGGCGCCAAAUUUCAAUCAAUGGAGGUGCGAAACAAUGCCUUUGCCGCCUUCAUAGAUACCUUCACGAGCAACACAUACGUAAUGGUCGUUAUGUCCGAUCCAACGCUGCCGUCGGAGGCGACACUUGUGAAUAUUAGGAAUGCGCGCAAGUACUUUGAGGAGCUGGAGAAUCCGAAUAGCAUUGCCAUGAAUCAUAAUAAUCACAAAUACCACUGAUGGUGGGCCUUGGAGCAUUGCCUUGAUGGUCGUUAAGUUUUACGUUUUACGUUUUAUUAUAUAUUAUUUUAUAAUUUUAAAUGUUUUGUUAAAAAGACAAACGGUUUGUUAUUGCACAGACAUCGAAGCGCUCCGAGCGUACAAAAAAGUCUCAUUGCUUCCCAUAAUGUAACGCCUCGUUAAACGUUGAUUUUGUUCUACAUUUAUAAGCAUUCUUCAAAAAACCUUCUUAGCCUUAGGUUCAUAAACAAUCAAUCAACAAAUCAAUAUACAAAUAUGUAAAAAACAAACAUUUAUAAUUACAAAGAGCUAGACAUAUUUUAUGCUAAAUA